AUGCUUUACGGAAUAGCAACAUCAACAGUAGAAGGCUUGGAAAGAACGGUCAGCAGAUACUUACGUCGAUGGUUUGGGGUCCCACCCAGCUUCAGCAACAUUGGUCUCUACAGCAGAACUAAUCAGCUUCAGCUCCCACUCUCAUCAUUGGUGGAGGAGUUCAAGGUUGCAAAAACAAGACUGGUGGUCACUUUUAAAGAGUCAAAGGAUGACUUAGUCCGAAAAACUGGAACUGAAACUCGGACUGGACGGAAAUGGUCUGCAAGCCAGGCAGUUAGCCAAGCCGAAAGUAGACUCCAGCACAAAGAUAUAGUUGGGACUACUGCUGUUAGUCGUCAAGUGCUCGGUAUCAUCAAAAGCCAGAGAUGGGGCUCAGCUGACAGUACCACAAAGAGGCAGAUGAUACAGAAUGAAGUACGCUUGGCAGAGGAGGAAGAAAGGAGGACAAGAGCAGUUUCAAUGGGUGCCCAGGGUGCUUGGACAAAGUGGUGUACCACAGAUAGAAAACUGACAUGGGCAGAAAUCUGGCGCUGCGAACCAGUCAGACUUAGCUUCUUGCUAAGAUCUGUUUAUGACCUGCUACCAUCACCUUCCAACUUACACCGAUGGGGACUACAAGACAACCCAAUUUGUCCAUUGCGCGACAAGGUAGGAACCAUGGAGCAUGUGCUUUCAGCCUGCUCCACAUCGUUAACCCAAGGCAGAUACAGGUGGAGACAUGACUGCGUACUUGGAGAACUCGCAGACACCUUGGAACGUGAGAGAACCAAGAAGAGGGAAAAGCAAAGCCCACAGAUAAUACAAUUUGUCAAGGAAGGCCAGACUGCACCAAAGAAGAAAGCAGCAACAACAUCCCUCAUUGAUGAAUCAGACAAGUGGGAAAUGGCAGUUGACCUCAGAAGAAAACUGAUCUUCCCUGACAUCGUACAGACCAACUUGAGACCAGACAUUGUUAUCUGGUCCAGGAAAGACAAACGCCUGGCGAUGAUAGAGCUGACAGUUCCUUGGGAAACUCGCUGUGAAGAGUCUUAUGAGCGUAAGCGGGCCAAGUACACAGAGCUCCAAGAGCAGUGCAAAGGGCGAGGUUGGAAGACAUGGCUCUUCCCUGUUGAAAUUGGGUCAAGAGGCUUCCCAGCACAGUCCUUGUGGAGAAUGUUAAGCGCCAUGGGCAUCACAGGAGGAGAGAGGAAGAAAGUCAUUGGAAGGCUUAGUCUCGCUGCUGAAAGGGCAUCCAGCUGGCUGUGGCUCAAGAGAGAGGAGAAGAGCUGGAAGCCAACCACUGACACGUAG